AUGGUUGAGCCACAUAGAAAAGGAGUCAUGAAUUACGCCAGAUUUCUGACCGCUGUGAGUGCAGCCAGAAAGCCUUCAGCUAUCAGGAUGCUGACUGAGCUGCAGCAGCGGUCGCCUCCGUCCCUGAUCUCUUUGGCUGGAGGAGCUCCGAACCCAAACACCUUCCCCUUCCAAUCUGCGUCCAUCCAGGUGAAGAACGGACAAACAAUCACCUUCGACGAGACGGCGAUGAAGAGAGCCCUGCAGUACUCUGCGUCCAGUGGGAUACCCGAGCUGGUGACAUGGAUGAAGAACCUUCAGAAGGACCUCCACAACCCCCCGACCGCCAGCUACAGCCCCGACAAGGGUCAGAUGGACAUGUGUGUGACGACGGGGAGCCAAGAGGGGCUUUGUAAGGUGUUUGAGAUGCUGGUCAACCCCGGAGACAACGUUCUCCUGGAUGCACCCACAUAUUCGGGGACACUUGCAGCGCUUCAGCCACUCGGGUGCAACCUAAUAAACGUUCCCAGCGACCAGCACGGCAUGAUACCUGCAGGCCUGAAGGAGGUUUUGUCUCGGUGGGACCCGUCAGAAGUCCACAAGCCCGGCAGCACCGCUCCCAAAAUCCUCUACACCAUCCCCAACGGAGGAAACCCAACCGGUGCCUCCAUGACGGUUGAGAGGAAAAGGGAAGUGUACGAGCUGGCCAGACAGUACGACAUGCUCAUCAUCGAGGACGACCCGUACUACUUCCUGCAGUUUGAAAAGCCGUGGGCUCCCACGUUUCUCUCCAUGGAUGUUGAUGGGAGGAUCAUCAGGACGGACUCUUUCUCUAAGAUCCUGUCUUCAGGGUUGAGGAUCGGCUUCGUGACUGGUCCCAAACCGCUGGUAGACAGGGUGGUGCUGCACAUCCAGGCCUCCACAAUGCACACCAGCACCUUCACACAGCUCAUGGUGUCUCAGUUGCUGCACAGCUGGGGACAAGAAGGUUUCCUCCAGCACAUAGACAGUGUGAUUGAGUUUUACAGGAAACAACGUGAUGCAAUGGUCAGCUCCGCAGACAAGUGGCUCAAAGAUCUGGCGGAUUGGCACAGCCCAUCUGCAGGCAUGUUCCUGUGGAUGAAGCUGAGGGGCAUUGCCGACACCCAGCAGCUCAUUAUGGAGAAAGCUUUGGAGAAAGAGGUGCUGCUGGUUCCCGGAGGAUCCUUCAUGAUCAACAGCAGCGACCCCUGUCCUUACGUCAGAGCAGCCUUUUCUCAGUCCACGCCGGAGCAGAUUGAUGAGGCUUUCAGGAGACUCUCCUCACUCAUCAAAGAUGCUCUGUGAUGAGACAUUUGUUUCCAUGGCAGAUGCUGUAUUUUUUUUUUUUAAAUUAAAGGCUUUUGUGAAGUGUAAAUUUGAAAUUGUUACUCCCGACUACAUCCAAACCACAAUCCAAACAAUAUCAGUAAAUCAGUUUCAUUUGCUGUAAUUCAGAUUUCAAUCCCAUUGAAUGAUUCUCAGCUCAGAUUCUGGAAUAAAUGUCAAAUAUUUUCAUCAUCAUCAUCAUCUUUAGUUAUUAGUUCCAGCUUCACAAAUGAAUUCAAUUUGCUGCCGUCUCUUCAAGUCACUUAAAUUGUUUUUCUGCGGAUUUAAUAUUUAAAGGUUUUUGUAUCAUUGGUUGGACAAAACAAGCACUUUAAUGUUUUCACUUCGGACAGCACGGAAAUUUGUCAACGAACCCAUCGGCAAAAAAAAAAAGAAAAGUAUCAUCAAUCCUGGUUCUAAGCUGGAUCUGAUUCCAACGCUGUUCAUGUCCCUCCAACGUGACUUGUGCUGAUUUCUAAAAACCCUCCAAAACAAGUAAUUAUUAUAUCAAAUAUAAUAAUUGUGCUGCUAAAAUAUUGCACUUAACUGUAACAAUGUCUUCAUCUUGUCCAUGAAAAGAAGUAAAUAACUUUUUAUUACUCUGUA